UGAUAUAUACAUGGGAAGUAAUAAGUUUUCAUCAAUAAAAAUAUGCAAUAUCAUUUUUAUAAUAAUCAUAAGAGAGAAAUUCCGAGAUAGAAAUAAAGUGAAUAUAAAGAAGGUGAAUUAGAGUAUAAAAGGAUCUUGCACAUUCGAUAUUUGUUCAGUUCUCUUUGGAUAUAUUUUAAAAACAUUCGAAUCUUCUUUAUUUGAAAUAGAUAUAUUUAAAAGAAAAAUGAAAACGAUCGUGAUUAUUUCUGCUAUUUGCGUUUGCGUUAGUGCAAUGACACUUGAAGAAUUACAAAUAGGGCUACGUGCUGUAUUGCCAGUUUGCAGACUAGAAACGGGCAUUGAUCAACAAAAAGAAGAUAAUUUUCGUAACGGCAUCGUUGAUGUAGAAGAUGAGAAAGUUCAAUUGUUUUCUGAAUGUUUAAUAAGAAAAUUCAAUGGUUAUGACGAUGAUGGAAACUUAAACGAAGUUGUGGUCAGAGAAAUAGCGACAAUAUAUUUAAAUGAAAACGAAGUUAAUAAAUUAGUCGCCGAAUGUACCGUUAUCACUGAUGCCAACAUACAUCUAAAAUCAAGUAAAUUAAUGAAGUGUUUUGGAAAAUAUACAACAUUGAAAGAAAUAUUAAAUGGCUAAAUAUUCAACUAUCAAAAAGAAAAAGGUUUAUUCAUAACAUGACUUUAUGUUUACUUUAUACUUACUUUUUAUUUUAAUUAAAAAAUAUUUUAAAUAUUAUAUUAAUGUAAAUUAAUAUAAUUACUUAAUAUUUAAUUUUUUACCAGAAUUGGGCAUUAAUCCAUUGAAAAAUAAAUAAAUUAAAAAUAUAUAAAUAAAUAAAUAAAAUUACUUUAAAUAACUA